GUUUUUUACCAGUGCAUCGAAGCAUGGACUCAUCCAUCGCCGCAGUGCCGCGGCACACGGACGACUACAAUGCCUCUUACCGGGACAACGUAUGGCUGGGCCAGUUCCCUCUGGACCACCAGUCGGUCCUGUACUACUUUGCUGGGUCUCCAUGGUACGACAAGAGCUGCAACAACGAGAUCCUCAAGAUGCAACGUCGGCCGCUCGAACAUCUCCAAGGCAUGACCGGCAUCGAGUACGAGCUCCAGCCAAACGAAGCAAAACAGCUUCCCCAAGUCCUGUAUGUCAUCCACAAGAAGAAUCGCACAAGUCCACGCACGGCCAACGUCAUGGCCGUGUAUUACGUCCUCGACUGCACCAUCUACCAAGCCCCCAACACGUACACACUGCUCACGUCACGCUUGAAGAAGUGCAGCUACCGCAUCAACAAAGCAUUCAAGGCUCUCAGUGCGGGAGUGCGUUUCAGUCCCACUGAAGGCUACGCGUGGGACUUUAGCACGGAAGAGUCUCCCGCGCCCGUGAUUCCCUCCGAGCAAUUGGCGGCCAAGCUCAAGCGCAAGUACGAAAAAGAAGAAAAAAUUAAGCAGAACAGCGCGCGCGUGGACAGCAUUCUGUUUGGACUCAUCAAAAAGGUACCAAUCUUAGCUGAAUAUGCAUACGACCAUGCAAGUUGAUCAUCAUGCGAUGCAGUAUGCGCCGGACGUGCUCGAGAACAAGGGAGCAGCGGGGGAAGUCAAGACAGAGCAGCAGCCUCAGCCAGACGGUCCGCAAGCGAAGCGACAAAAGGUGGCCACGGCCACCACCACUUAACAAACGACAACAUGAGAGUUUACUUGGAUUUUUUGCCUUCGGACGUUUGAGUUGUUGCUUUCUCGGGCGUGUUGGGGUCGUCGCUGUCGUCACCGUCAUCGCCAGCGGACGUCUUCUCUUGAGGGGGUUGCACCGUCUUGGCCUUGGUGGACACGACGGGGCUCGACGGAUUCGGCACGUCAACACCACCCUUCUUUCCACUCGUCGUAGCACGAGACGGCUUUGGAUCGUCUUGCUUCAACGACUUAAAGAUCGUCGGCAGCAAGAGGAACACCACCAGGAAGAGCGCAAACCCUGCCGUGAUCCAUACGUUCUCUCCGCAAAUGUUGUUCACGGGGGAUGGCAGGCAGUACUCCGCCGCUGGCACGGGCACGCGGCUUCGGCUCGGGAUGGUCGGUCGUGAGGCCAUCAAGUCUGGAACAGUUG